AUGAAUCUUUUCUAUUUUAUAACUAUAUUUUUAUUAAUUUUUUAUAUUCAUGGUGAUGUUUAUGAUUCUAAAAUACCAAAUAAUAUUUCUAAAUUGUUAGCAAAUCAUACAAAUUUUAUUUCAAAAUUACCAAAAAAAGGAUAUUAUCAUAAUGGAAUGAAAGCUAUGUAUUCUAAUUCAUUUAAUUCACCUGUAUGUUAUAGUUAUUCAACCAACAAUGGCGAUUGGAAUAAUGGACAAUAUGAUAGUGUAACGUGUAAUUUUAACAGUCUUGAUAAAUCAGCAGUAUUAAUUUCUGAAGGAUACGAUCCAUGGUCAUACUAUGUUGAAGAUGGUUGCCAUAAUAAUAUUGUUAUGAUUAAUGGACAAUCAGUUUUAAGUACAGUAUGUGCUUGUACAACUAAUUUUUGUAACACAGAAAGAUAUUAUCUUGACAAUGGAAUUUCAACAUAUACACAAAAAAUUUCUCUUUUUAUAAUAUCGUUUAUAUUUCUAUUAAAAUUUCUUUUUAAUUUUGUUUGA